AUCAUCUCGAUAGAAAAAACGAGCAAAUUGUUGAGAUAAAUUCCACUUAUCGCUUAUCUCAUUAUAUGGAUGAUAAUAAUAUGAUAAUUGAUAACAUGAAUAAUGAAGAGCCAUUAAUUUACUGGUUAAGUGAUUGGCUUAUAAUUAUAUCAGACAUUGAUCUUACUAUAUUCAAUAUAAUUUUACGGAGAGACAGUGAUGACAUCAAAUUCCAAUCUAUGACGAUUGACAAAACAAACAUUUACAUUUUAGCACAUGAUAAUUCAGCAUAUUAUUAUUCUCAGUCUGAAUAUACACUCUACGUUGUGAAAAAGAAAUAUGCAAGUCUCAAGAGCUUCUCAACAGCAAAAUAUGUUAAAAAGAUACCAAUAAGCUCAGAUAAAAAUGUGUUUUAUAAAAAAAUUUAUGCUUUUGAUAAAUCUUCACAACCAUAUCCUCCAAUGAGAUGCCUGACACCUGACGAAAAAGUUUAUAAUUUUGAGAAUGUGACUGCAACGACAGACAGCAUCAUUGUAUAUCUUCCAGAGCCAGUUGUAAAGAAUGGAUGCAAAAAAUAUAAUUUACCAACUACUAUAUAUACUAUCUCCGUAAGCUGUUUAAACAACAAUCUUAACAAGUCUGAAAAAUUCACUGUGCUGACAGGCGAGCGAAAUUACAAGAUUCAGAACUUAGCACCAUUUACAGAGUACAAGUUGAAGUUUACUUUAAGCAAUUUUUACUUUGAUCAAUUAUCAAUAAAUCCAUUCGAUUCGAAUGUGAUACCAAUAAAAACUUUGGGUAAACUUAAUGCACCAGAAGACAUAAGUGUUCUAGCUUUGACGCCUACUAUAGCAGUAGUUCAUUGGAUGCCACCCCAAAAAUUGAACUUCAUGGUUGUGACCUACGAAGUGCAUUGGAUGUUAGUGAACGACACGCAACAAGAGAAUAAACAAUUUAUCAAUGUGCCGAAACGUAUGGCAGACGGCAGAUUUUUCACAAAGAUUAACUUGUCGCUACCAGUACAAGAUUACUUGAUAUACGUGCGUGUGUAUCCAAUUAAUUUCAGCGAUUUCUACAACGAGAGUUUAAGCAAGAUCAAUCACAUGUACUCAGAAUCAAACAAUAUUACUUUGAGCGAGGUUAACACAAAUAGCAUGGACAUUUCAUGGAUCUCAAACAUCAAUCUGACGAUCUUUUCUGCACUAGAGUAUAAAGACGUUUCAACAGAAAAGUGGCAAACAACGAAUGAUAUUAGAACGAAUUAUAACAAAAAAGUAAUAUACCAUAUCAAAAAUUUACAAUCGGGAACUUUAUACCAGUUUCGCUUGAUAUUGAAAUACCUCGAAUAUGAGGAAACUUUUAUAUGGCCGGCUAAUGAAGGAUUUAUUUUUUCAACACUUGGAUCACCAGAGAUAGAUCCCCUAACAUUGACUUUAAGUAUUAUUAGUGGUAUAGUUACUAUAAUCUGCGUCUGCCUUUAUAGAUUGUAUCGUCAACGCGGAAAUAAUAAUGUACAAUUGUCUUCAACAACAAGCGGUAUAGAAUUGAAUAUUCUAAAUGAAGCACAUUGCCAACACACUCAAUUCGAAAGGCCUUGCAGUCCUACGUUAAGUUAUAAUCCGGAAUGUACGAAAAUAACUAAGAUCGCACGUAAACAAAUUAUAUUUACAAAAUUUAUUGGUAGCGGCGCAUUCGGAAUGGUAUAUCAAGGAAAGGUGAAGAACUUAGAAGGAUCGGGCACAGAUAUAUCUGUUGCAAUAAAAACGCUUCCAAAAGAUGCUGGUUCCCAUGAGGGAAAGAAAUUGUUAGAGGAAGCCGAGCUUAUGUAUCAUUUUCGACACGAACAUAUAUUAAGAUUGUUGGGCGUUUGUUUAGAUGGGAUUUCUCCGUUUCUAGUGUUGGAAUUAAUGGAAACUGGUGAUCUGUUAAAAUAUUUGAGAAAUUGUCGAAAAUUGAAAGCGUCAGAUUCGCAUGUUCUGCGUUUACAAGAUUUGUUCGUCAUGUGUGAAGAUGUUGCACGAGGUUGUUGUUACUUGGAAGAGUUGCGUUUCGUACAUAGAGAUCUAGCGUGUCGCAAUUGUUUAGUAUCUUCGAGAAAUCGCGAGAAUCGUGUCAUCAAAAUUGGAGAUUUUGGACUAGCUAGAAAUAUCUAUAAGGAUGAUUAUUAUAUCAUGGAAGGAGAACGUCACCUUCCUAUUCGCUGGAUGGCACCCGAAUCUUUGAGGAUGAAUAGAUUUACUUCUCAAAGCGAUGUUUGGUCAUUUGGGGUAUUAAUGUGGGAAAUUACAUCGUUGGGUGAGAAACCUUAUGUUGCCAAGACCAUUGAAGAAGUGAAAAAUUAUGUACAUCAUGGAGGAAGGUUGCCGAUAACUCCUAACUGUCCGUCACCAUUGUAUCAGUUGAUGGAACGUUGCUGGAGUGGAGCAGCGGAUGUUAGACCAAAUUUCGAAAGUUGUCUGAACAAUAUUAUAGAAUUAAAAGAGAACAUAGAAGAUGCCUUACUGAAUCCGGUCGAUAUUUAGCCGAUAUAAUUAAAUUAAUGUUUCUCUUCUUUUCCGAUUCGAUCUUAACGAUUCGAUCUUUAACGAUUCGAUCUUA